UGUUAGCAUUAGCUCAAUUAGUUGACUUUGAACCCGUUAGCUACAUUAGCUGAACUAAUACAGUAAACUCAGCUUGUUGUCUUCAGUGUUGAGCUGACUGGUAACAGUUCACAGACGAGUGUGUUGGUUAAUGAGGCUACUGACUGAUUCAUUCAUUAAUUCAUUCCAUCAGUGAUUUCUCCACACAGUAGAAUCACAGUAGAAAGCAUUAGACAUUGAAUGAGCAUUCUUGUCUGGUCUUUGUUCUGAUUGGCUGCUCCAGCUUCCAAAAGGUGAAUGCUGUCACAGUGUGGAGCCUCACUCACAGACCUCAGGUUACAGUUAGUAACCUUCAGUGUGUCUGAACCAACUCGGGACCAAAAAUUGAUGGAGACAUCUCUUCAUGAUGUCAGAGGUCCACUGGAGGCCAAAAGUCAACGACAAUAAUGCUGAUGUGACGACACAAAGCUGAAGGUCGAUGCAGGUGACAGUGUGUGAGACAGUGUGUGAGUGUGUGAGUGUGUGUUGAUGGUUUACUCACUGCAGCAGGUUAUAAACGUGUUUCAGUUCACAUGUGAUCAGAUUUCACAGUAAAGAAUCAAUAACAGAAUAACUUCACAACACAAACAAAUAUAUACUAAUAUAUAUGAUAUGAUAUUAUAUAAUAUUGUUGAUUAAGAUGAUAUGAAUUAAUGCAUUCUUCACUUUACUCUGCCACCAGAGAGAACCAGGACGUGUUAACAUUUGAAUUAUAGAUUAAAUGUUUUUAUCUUGUCGUGUCACCAUGAACUUCAUUUUGUUUUAAACUGAUCUGAUGUUUGGUGACGGAGUAAACUGACGUCUUCACCAUUUCAAUGUGAAUGAUCUGCCUGCAGUGUUAAACUGAUCAAUGAAACUGAUCAGCUUUUAAAUUGAUCUGCUGUUUUAUUAUUCAGAUGAUAUUUUUUUAUCUGCUGUAAGUCUUAACAUCUGAAGAGUCGACAGUUUGAUGACAUCACUUAUUAAAAUGGUGGACACAGAAUACAUCAUACCGCUUAUUGUGUCUACGUACAUGUGUACAUGUAUACACUCUGUGUACAUGUAUACACUCUGUGUACAUGUAUACACUCUGUGUACAUGUACACUGAGAGUCUGACAGGAGGUGACUUCCAGUUUAAAACAUGAGAUCUUCAUGUUGACAUGGAGACAGACUUUGUCACGGUCCACUGAGUCUGUGUCUGUGUGUGUGUGUGUAUGUGUGUGUGUGUGUAUGUGUGUGUAUGUGUGUGUGUGUGUGUGUCUGUAGGAUAAAGUGAAAAAGUGAACAUGACAGGCAAUGAAAUCCAGUUCAGAGUGCAGCGUCUUCAGAUUUACUGCAUAUCAGCAGUAAUGAGCAGUGACCUGUGUGUGUGUGUGUGUGUGUGUGUGUGUGUGUGUGUGUGUGUGUGUGUCUGCAGUCCUGUCAGCAGAGUAAAUGUCGGUCAGACAUGCUGUGACAUCACUGGGUUGAUACUCCAGUUAGUUUAGGAAAAAUCAUGUUUGUUUAAAAAUGGUUCUGGUUCUGUCUCCACAAAGACGGCUUGAAAAUGUCCUGAUGAAACAUCCAGUGGUUCCACUCUGACAGAUGUGUGAACACAGUCCUGAACAGUGGUCUCAGGCCAUGACUCCACAUGAACCCGUGGUUGUGAUACGAGACAUAGGACGACUACAUAUGAAACAAUGAAUGAAACAGUUUCCCCCCAGGGAUCAAUAAAGUAUUCUGAUUCUGAAACAUGUUCUGCUGGUGACUUGGAGUCCUCGCUGUGAUGUCACAUGAUGAUGUCAUUGUGAUCACCAGGAUGCUCUUCAGUCAAUCAAUAACCAAAAAGAACUAAUUUCGUUGUCAUCAUCAGCUUGAGGUCAUCUGUCAGACUCCUCUACAGCACAGCGUUACCUGUCAGAAUCAUCUGGAGAGGGACAGCUACCUAACUGUACAUCAGUAUGCAGCUGAUUGGACAAAUCAUCUGUCAGUCACCCUACAUCCAGUCCAACCAGUCAGAUCAACAGCAGGGGAGAGCUGCAACCAAUCAAACCCUGACUGAAGACAGGAGAGUGAAACUUUUCUCUUCUUCACUGAAAAUCAACUCUCAGUUCUAAGGCUAUAGCAGCUACGCUAACUUCUGGAGGAUCCGCCAUGUUGUUUUCUCUCAGACACAAGAGCAGAGGAAAACACAAGGGGACAUCUGGGAACACCUGGAAACAACAGGGAACACCAAUAAACACCAGGGAACACCAGGAACACCUGGAAACACAGUCUGAGGAAACAUCUCCAGGUUAGAACAGACUUUGUUUCUGACAACCUCAUCAUGUUGUCUGUUUCUGCUCUGAUGAAACCAUGAACAGACUCAACAAGGAUUCAAACCAACAACCUCUCAGGACAAUCUGAUGUGUGAUCUGUCAGCUAAACCUCCUCCUCCUCCUCUUUCUCUUCCUCCUCCCUUUAAUCAGUUCCUCUCUGUGUCUGUCUUUGAGGUCACAGUUCCUCCCCUCCUCCAUGGCUCCCUUUACUCCUCCUUCUUCUGGUCUCCUCAUUUAUCGCUUGAGGUCUUCAGCCAACCCUCCUCCUCGUCUCGACUCAGUCCAGAGGCGUCCAUGAUGUCUGAAAGGAGGUGCUCUCUGGAGGAUGACUGCUCCUCUCUCCUGUCCCGCCUCGGUUCCGACUCUCCUCGCCCUCGGAUGAAGUAUGGUGGGAUGUUCUGCAGCGUCGAGGGAGCAUUCGAGAACAAGACAUUGAACUUUGAGUCGUUCAGUCCCCAGACGCAGCGACGCCGCGUCGUUCGAACUCGCAGUGACAGCCAUGAUGGAGGAGACGCAGCGAGAGGAACAGGGCAGACGGUGGUGUUUCCAACAGGACACGCCCAAGAAAAACACUACGGCAAGAGAGAGGGCGACCGUCUGAUCAUUAAAGGAGGAAAGAUCGUCAAUGAUGACCAGUCAUUCUAUGCUGACGUCUACAUCGAAGAUGGGACUAUCAAGCAGAUUGGGGAGAACCUGAUCAUCCCGUCUGGCGUGAGGACGGUGGAUGCGUACGGUCAGCUGGUGAUCCCCGGAGGAAUCGACGCCAACACCAACCUGCAGGCUCCCCAAAAAGGCCUGAACCCGACUGACGACUUCUACCAGGGAACCAGAGCUGCCGUGUCUGGAGGAACCACCACAAUCAUGGAUCACGUACUGGUGGAGCCAGGGAUGAGUUUACUGUCAGCGUUUGAUCAGUGGAGGGACACGGCGGAGCAGAGGGCAUGCUGUGACUUCUCUCUACACCUGGACAUCACACGCUGGCAUGACGGACUGUACGAGGAGCUGGAGACACUUGUCAAAGAUAAAGGCGUGAACUCCUUCCUGUUCUUCAUGGCCUACAAAGACAAAUACCAGAGCUCUGACUCUCAGCUCUAUGAGGCGUUCGGGGUCAUCCGGGAUCUCGGAGCCAUCGCACAGGUCCAUGCUGAGAAUGGUGACAUCAUUGAUGAGGAACAGAAGAAGCUUCUCUGCCUCGGCAUCACUGGACCUGAAGGACAUGUUUUAUCUCACCCUGAGGAGGUGGAGGCAGAGGCAGUGUAUCGGGCCGUCACCAUCGCCAAACAGGCUAACUGUCCACUGUAUGUUACCAAGGUGAUGAGCAAGUCUGCUGCUGAUGUAAUCGCCAAAGCCAGGAAGAAAGGUAUGGUGGUGUACGGAGAGCCAAUCACAGUUGGCCUUGCCACUGACGGCUCUCACUAUUGGUCCAAAGACUGGGCCACAGCUGCUGCCUUCGUCAUGAGCCCGCCUCUUAACCCAGACCCAUCAACACCACAGUACUUGACAGCUCUGUUAGCAUGCGGAGACCUCCAGGUGACGUCCAGUGCUCAGGCCAGUUUCUCCACUGCUCAGAAAGCUGUGGGUAAAGACGACUUCACUCUGAUCCCAGAGGGAACCAAUGGGAUCGAGGAGAGGAUGUCUGUGGUGUGGGACAGAGCUGUGUGUACGGGGAAGAUGGAUGAGAACGAGUUUGUCGCUGUAACGAGCACGAACGCUGCCAAACUCUUCAACAUGUACCCACGUAAAGGACGGAUUGCUGUCGGAUCAGAUGCCGAUAUCGUUGUCUGGAACCCCAAGGAGACCCAAACCGUUUCUGCAAAGACCCAUAACCUGACGGUGGAGGUGAAUAUCCUUGAGGGUUUGGAGUUUCGUGGCGUGGCCUCGGUGGUGAUCAGUGGAGGUCGGGUUGUUCUGGAGGAUGGAAAACUGAAUGUGACUGAAGGCUCGGGACGUUUCAUCCCCAGGAAGGCAUUUCCGGAUGCCGUCUACAAGAGGAUCAGAGCCCGCAGCAAGAUGGCCGAGGCUCGUGGCGUCCCCCGUGGAAACUAUGAUGGACCGGUCCAUGAUGUCAUCAGUAUGACCAAAUCAGUCCCACCCACUCCAACCAGCAGGGGGCCCCCCUGUCCAAAAACCCUGACUGGCUCCCGCAACCUCCACCAGUCAGGAUUCACCCUGGCUGGGUCUCAGGUUGAUGACCACAUUCCUCGCCGCUCCACUCAGAGGAUCGUGGCACCACCUGGUGGACGAUCCAACAUCACAUCCUUAUCUUAAAGAACAAAACAGUCAAAUCUGAGACAUAACGAUUCAAACAGUCAUUAACAUUUAAUCUCAUUCUCUGUAGUUCUCUCUGAUAUACACAGUAGUAGAUCAAACUUCCUGUUUCCUCUCGUGCUCUCUCAUUAGCAGCAUCAUGACUUCAUCAUCAGACACCACCAGUACACUGGUCAUACUGGGCCCACUGUCCCUUUAUGUUGUCAGACAUCCCAGAAUAAGAAAAAACAUCCGUCCCCACCAGAACUCAUUCUGCUCAUUGUAAAUUAGUUGUGGUCCUGAAGUCAUUAAUAUGAGCCCUGUAACAUCUCAUUAUAAUGUAAUUAUUCCUGGUCCAUAUCACUCGUAUUAUCUGUUAGUCUCAAUCUGAACCACUUUAAUUCUGCAUUAAUAUUAAUAACAUAAAUCUGUUCUGAUAUAACUUCAUCAGUCUGUGGUAGAUAAAUGUGUUCAGUCCUGAUCAGUGUUUCUAUUGGUCCAAUUGACGGAAGAGUUAGUCCUGUCAGGACCAAUCAAUAUCUUUUUUUAGUUAAUAAAUAAUGAAAUAAUUGAUAAACCAACAUGAAACUUUCAGACUAACACAAUCGACUUUUUGUGAACAUCAUCUGAUAAAUGGUGCUAAUGAAUCCAGCUGCAGCCUGCAAGUAGCAAUCCCUUCAACACCACGCCCCCUACAGGAAGUGAACACACUGACUCCGCCUCCAGAAAUAUGUGAAGCUAACUGACAUAAAAAAAAAACCAAGACACUGAUCUGACCAUGGACGUACUUUAAGAACGGAAUAGUGGACUCAUGGUGAGUUUUGUGUCUUUGGGCUCAGACUCACAACAGGUGUUCUUCUCUGUGAGGUCACACAAAUGAAGAUGAACACACCUGAGGGAGUGACAUGGUGCCUCGCCAUGAGCAGAUGGAAAUGGAGGCUGAUGAGGUGCAACAACUCAACAAUAACUCUGUAACAUUAAUACUAAACCAGCAGGAUGAGAAAAAGGUUCAGUGAGACACCGUCAACAACGCUGUCUAGCUAAAUUUAGCCUCAAGAUCUGGAAUAUUUACUGUUGCUUAGCAACAUCAUCAGCUGCUCCAGAAUCUCUCUCUCACUGGCUGUUGUGAAAGUCCUGAUAUAAUCAUCCAGCUUCGAACUAUCACACCUGUUUCAGUUGCCUCAUUGUGGUUUCAUCUAAACUGGGUCAGCAACAAUACCAGAGUAAGCCAAUCGGAGUAGAGUAGGGCAGAACUUCUCAAGGAAACCAGUGGAUCCAUAUUAAUAUGUAAACCCGUCACAGCUGAUCUGGACCGAACACCAGUACCAGGCAAGGUCCUAGACCAGAUUUAUCCUCAGAUCAAUAAGAGCAGCUGAUCCUGUAGACUGAGGCUUUAGUGUUACUCCUGCUGGCCCCGCUCACACAGGUAAAUCGAGCAUGCUGAUUGGUGGAUUUACCUUCAUGACCUCAGACAUAAACAAGAAGAGCCCGUUCAGAUUUUGCACAGAUUUGAUGUUUAAAUAGACCACACUGACCGUGGGCUCGACAGCGUGCCCUGUGGUCAAAUGUCUUCAAUACAUCCACGGUCUGAGCGGCUGUAGCCCCUCCCCUUCCUGAUCCAUGACCUCCAGUGACCUCUGAAGGGAUUUUUAUUAAUUGUCUUUGAUUUGUAAAGGCUUCAAUUGAUACAUGAUCAUUUUGUAUUUUUUACAGUUUUUGUAUCCUGACAGUGUUAGCAUCAAUGAUCGUAACACUCAGUUCAGCCCAUGGCAACCAUGUUGGUGCCACACUGUUGCUUUAGUAACAACAUAUUGCUAUGAACAGCUUCCAACAUGGCAUCCUCGUAAAAGUCUGUAGUACAGAUUAGCACCAACAUGGCGGCUGUGUCCCUGCAGGCUGAACUGUUUCUGUAGCAGUCGGUGGUUUUCCUGUCUUGAUGCACUGGACAAACAUGGACGACAUAAGCUCUUUGUACAUGCAGUGAUCAUGUGCUGUGUGUACAUGAGGAGUGGUUACCAUGGAGACGGUGCAUCUGUUGUUGUUCCUGUAGUGAAUGUAAAACUUCUUCCAGUUGUAAUGAGCUGCAUGAAUAAACUGUGAAGGGAAAGUUAA